AUGAUUGUUGACGACAGCCCGGAUGGAAUUGCUCAAACUGAAGUUAAAUUAAGUUCUAAAGAAACCGGUGGAGGUUUAGGGUUGAAUGAGGACACAAUGAAUGUGGAUUUGCCUAUGAAAGGACAACCUGAGGAAGGUGUAAUGCUUGGCACUUGCAAAAGAAUGCGCAGUAAUGGCAAAGGAGGUUUGGGUAGUAAAAUUAUAGAAGAUAUUGACAAGUUCAAGUAUGUUGGUUCUGCUGGGUUUGAUCAGUAUAGGAAGGAGAAAGGUGACAGUGUUGGGGUCGGGGCAAGGCGUGAAUUGCCAUUUUCAAUGAGAGAGCAAGAGAAGAAAGUGAGUGAGGGGAAAGGGUCUAGGGGUGACCCUGCGAAGAAGAAGGCGUUGAAUGAUCUUUUGGAUGCUUUGAGGAUGGUAAUAGGGGAUGUGGAAGAUGGUUCUGAGGGUGUUGAUUUUUUGGAGACUGCUAAGAGAUGUGGUAUGAUAUUUCCUCGGCCUAGAUGGUGGCCACCGGAGGGGUUUGAUGAUUAG